UCCCUCCAUAUCAACCGUCCUCUCCGAUCUCCUACAACACUCAAGAUGUUCCGAACUGCCCUUCUCAGAUCAGCACGCAGUGCUACCAGCCAAGUCGUGCGAAGAACCGGGGCAAUUGCGCGCCCUGUCGCUCCCAGCUCUUUCGUCACCAAGUCCCAGUUCGCCCCGUCUGCUUUCCAAGCCGCGAGAUGUUACUCUGCUGCCUCGGGCCUGCAAAAAUCUGAGGUCGAGGGCCGGAUAGUCGACCUGUUGAAGAACUUUGAUAAGGUUACCGACCCGUCGAAGCUCUCGCCCACCUCUCACUUCGCGAACGAUCUUGGUUUGGACAGCUUGGACACCGUUGAGGUUGUGAUGGCUAUCGAGGAGGAAUUCAGCAUUGAGAUCCCAGAUAAGGAGGCGGAUGCCAUCCACAGCGUUGACAAGGCCGUUGAAUAUAUCCUUGCACAGCCAGAUGGGGAGUUGUUUGAGAUGAGGGUAGGGGACGGGGGAGAGGCAUGGCCAUUGAACGACGGUCCGCGGGGGGUUCUGUAAGACUCGACAUGCCCAUAGAGGGAUAUUGAAUCUAUGCGCUUGUAAACAAUUAUUAGACCAUCUUGCUCUGCAUCUUGGUGUCCUUUUGAAUAUGGCAUUGUGAAGGCUUUCCCAAAAGCACUCCUCCAUCCCCGUGUCAAAACUUUAGCCUCGCCCAGGAAGCGCAC